CCCUGUUGGCGCCGGGAGGAAUAGCACAUGGACCUAAUCUGAACGGUUUAACAAGGACUGAGCAUUUGGUUGGAAGAUGGAGGGCAAAAUGUGGUAAUUUUUAAUACAUCAGGCGAACAAAAACCAAAGGAAAAGCGAGAGGAAGUCUAUCUUUGACGGUACGGUGUCUCCAAGCACUGAUACUGACCAGCGUGCUGUAGCAGUGACGACAUGAGUUGGAGUUUCCUGACGCGUCUCCUGGAGGAGAUCUCCAACCACUCAACAUUUGUGGGCAAGCUGUGGCUUACGCUGCUCAUUGUGUUCCGGAUUGUACUGACCGUGGUGGGUGGCGAGUCGAUAUACUAUGAUGAACAGAGCAAGUUUGUAUGCAAUACACACCAGCCUGGUUGCGAAAAUGUGUGCUAUGAUGCAUUUGCACCACUCUCGCAUGUAAGGUUCUGGGUUUUUCAGAUCAUCAUGAUCACCACACCCACUAUUCUGUACCUUGGCUUUGCCAUGCACAAGAUCGCACGCAUGGAGGACGAUGAUUACGGACCACGGAGUAGGCGCAAACGCAUGCCUCUGGUAAACCGCAGUGCCAACCGUGACUAUGAGGAGGCUGAGGACAAUGGUGAGGAGGACCCCAUGAUCACCGAGGAGAUCGAGCCAGAAAAGGACAAGGAAAAAGAAAAGGAGAAGGACGAGAGGAAGAAACAUGACGGCCGGAGACGGAUCAAGCGUGAUGGCCUGAUGAAGGUAUACGUGCUGCAGCUUUUCUCACGUGUGGCUUUCGAGGUGUCCUUCCUGUUUGGCCAGUAUGUGCUGUAUGGGUUUGAGGUGGCCCCAUCAUAUGUGUGUACGCGUAGCCCAUGUCCCCACACAGUGGAUUGCUUUGUGUCGCGUCCCACCGAGAAGACCAUCUUCCUGCUCAUCAUGUAUGCCGUGAGCUCCCUCUGCCUGCUGCUCACAGUGCUCGAGAUCUUGCACUUGGGCAUCAGUGGCGUCCGUGACGCAUUCCAGAACCGUGCAAGGCGCCACCACCACCAUCAAGCCCUGACCAGUCAGAGGGCCUUGGUCUGCCCACGCCACAUACCCUCAGCACCCCCUGGCUACCACACAGCCCUGAAGAAGGAUUCUGGCAAGGCAGGUGCAAGAGCUGAAUACAAUCUUAGUGACUUGGGCCGCGAGUCUCUGGGUGAUGAGGCGUCCUCACGGGAGCUGGACCGUCUGCGGCGCCACCUGAAGCUAGCACAGCAGCACCUGGACCUGGCUUACCAGAAUGAGGAGGGGAGUCCAGUGCGAAGCAGCAGCCCCGAGUCCAACGGCACAGCUGCCGAGCAAAACCGUCUCAACUUUGAGAAACAGGAGAAGCAAGCCAGUUCCUGUGAGAAGGGUAUCCGAGCCUGAGUCAACAAUUUGCGGCUGACCUCUUUCCAACUGCAGCAGCAUUGAGGAAGGGCCACUAUGAAACAUUGGCAUCUUGAGUGUGUAAGAUAUUGAUUUGAUUAAGGCAACAUGACACUGUUGGCACGCUGAUGAGCAGUAAGAACAGCCUGUGCGGUAUUACGGCAGGACGGUGCAUCGGCCUCUGAGAAUCUCAGCAACCAGUGAUAACUUGAGGAGCAGACUGCCUGACAUUCCAAAGUACCCAAGGGCAAAUAAAAUCUUUUCUUUGUCACUGACUGAGCAAAUUUUGUGUCCAUCACAGAAGAUCUUUUGUAUGUUUAACGUGCUUCUUAAGAAGUGCCCAGGGUUGCAUCUCAAAAAUGCCUUAAAUUUUUAAACUGGAGUUUACAUAUUUCUUUGUCAUUCCAAAAAGCAAUGUAUGAGCCAGUGUUAAGUCACACUAUACUUUUUGGAUAGUUUAGGUACAUGUGUAGGAUAAAUAGGUUUUGUGUGUUAAGUAGUGAACUGUAAUUAGUAAUUGCAUGUAUAUAUGAUUGUGAGCAAAACACUAGUUAUUGUCUAAGGUAGAAUUUUUUUUUACUCAGUUUUGAUUUGUAGAGUUAAGGUGGGGAAGAUGGAUUCUUUGUGUAGGACAUACUGUAGUGUAUACCAAGGACCUGUGCAUAAAGUUCCCAAGAAGGUGUUCUGGUCUUGGAUCAGGUUUAUAGAAUCAACUUGAUUUAGCAAAGAAAAUUCUAAUUAGGCUUAUAUAGUACCUGUCAAAAGUUUUGACCCACCUGUUAAAAAUGAGUGAAUACACCAAAACUGCUGGCUACCUCAUAUGGGGGGGACAAAUAAAGCAAUGACUAAACCUUGUAUAGAACGUUUUAUUUAUUCAAAGUAGCCUUGAUGAAAGCUUUGCGUGGCAGCUUCAUUAGAUAGCCACAUGUGCUGUUUUUCCUAAGUGCUAAAUUUAUUUUUUUUUAAAUUGUCUGGAGGCAUUUCAUUAUUUCACACUUAAUCAUUUAAAGAUUCAUGCAUUGGCAUCAACAAUUUUAUUUUCUUGAAAUCGCAUUUAAAUCUGAAGCAUUGAUCAUAAGAAAUGGUUGUGUCCAAGCUUUUGACUGGUAAUAAAAUACAUCUGGGAGAAGUUUCGGCUCUGUUUGCCCAGAGGAGCCAAGUGGUCGGAAUCAACAGGUAAUAACACUGACCUAAGACCAGCACUGUUUUACUCCAUGUUUUAUAUUAGGCAUCGAAGUGGCCUCAGUUUCCACUGCUUUAAAUUUGAACAUCUGUUUCAGUUGUAUUUUACAAACACGAUGUUGCACGACAAACCCAGUUACAAACUUAUUUGGUGGUUUGUGUGUUUUGGGCUCAGCAUUCCGAAUGAAAAUAUGUAGCCUGUACGUUGACAGUAAUUCAUCUCGGGACACCGUGCCAUCAGUGAUGUGGGUUUGUACAUUUGAGAAAAUGCAUCUCUGUUGCUUGUUAUAAACUGGAAACUAGUGAUGGCCGUGCUGAAGUUCAGUCUCGGUAUUGUUAUGCUGAAACGUUAAAGCCACUUUUUGGUGCCUUUUUGUCUGAAUAAUCAAAACAAAGAAAACCUGGAAAAUGCUUGAAAUACUUGUGAACCAUAUUUGUUGACCUGCAAGGAAGCUUUGGAUAUUUCUGUUUUCCACCUCGUGUGUGAUGUGUAUAUGAGGAUUUUGUUGAAUGCAUCUCUCUUUGGAUGAGAACAGCAAGCCUUCUCAGUGCCAUACAAAAAAAUUCUUAUUUUUUUAUGAAUGUUUUUGCUUACUGCUAUUCAUAAUGUGGACAUUUUAUUAUUUUUUUUUUUUGGGGGGGGCGGGGCUGAUGUGGAUCCAUCUGGCCAUUUUGUUUGGUCUGAAAAUGUGGGGUUGUUUUUUAGUUCUGGGUAUGGUGUCGUAUAUAUUUCUUUCUUUUAAAUCUGUUUAUUUCUGUUUGCCAUGACUGUUUUUUGUGUGUUCUUAAUCACUGAUAUUGCUUCAUUAUUUAAAUGGGGUCAAACUGGUCCAAAUGCAUUUGCAUGUUCAUAUGCCUGGUUUUCUAAGCACAAAGGUUAGUGACCUUGUGCAAAACUAAGAGCUAAGCUUGGGAAAUGAUCCAAUCCUUGGUAAAUGUACCCUAUUGAGUGGUGUUUUUCUAGCACAGUCUGAAAGUGAUUUCAGGCUUUGGGGAGUCUAAAUGGGGAAUCCUAAAGUGGUUCCAUGUUCACAAAUACUUUUUUUUUUUUUUGCUUUUUUUUAAAAUAAACUUUGUAUUCUGUCUUUUAUAUCUUUUUGUACCAAUAGUAUUUUUGUGCAAGUUAAAGACUGAAUAAAGCUUUUGAAAUAUAAUAAA